GCAGUGCGCCAGUCACAGGUGCUCCCAGGCAGCUCCAGGGUUGUGUUGUCCCGUGCACUGUGCUUUAUUGGUAAUCCUGGCUACUUGUGUGAAGUCCUUGCCCUGCCGGGAUGGCGAGGGGCGGUGGAGCAGAAGGGAACGGGCUUUGUCCCCCCGCCCAGCCCGGGGGCGGUGCGGCACGGCCGGAGAUCCCAACGCCGCCACCAGCGCAGCCCUCGCUCCUCAUCCAGCAUCCAGGGGGUGCAGAGCCGUCGCUCGGCGCUCGCAGGCUCCCGGUGCCAUGCGGGGCCUGCUGCUCUGGGGGGGCUGGCUGUUGGCCACCAGCUGCCUGGUGGGUGCCACGGGCAGCUGCCGGCACCGCUGCUGCCCGGGCAGGAACAACGCGUGCUGGGCCCCCGCCGCCCGCCGGGCUCGCUGCUACUGCGACUCGUACUGCCAGAGGACGGGAGAUUGCUGCCAGGACUACCACGCCACGUGCCGCCGCGCCGCCGUGAGCUGCUCGGUGGGGCCCUGGGGGCCGUGGAGUGGGUGCAGCUCCCCGUGUGGGGUCGGCAGCAGGGCCCGCAGCCGCCAGGUCACCGUCCCGCCCCGGCACGGAGGGGAGCCCUGUCCUGACCUCAAGCAGCGCCGCGGCUGCCUGGGGGAGCACCCGACCUGCGGGACGGCCAAAGAGGUAGCCAAGAUACUCCCCAAGUCCUUCAGCUGGGACUUCAGGGAUCCCUGGCGAAGAGCUGGGCUGCCACUGCUGGAGGAGCCCUCUGGCUCCCCCCUCCCCAGCUACUGCGGCUAUUUCCGCCUGACGCAGGUAGGACCCCCCUGCCGUGGGCAAGGCUGGAGCCGCCGGCUUCACCGGGACAAGCGGGUGUGUGUGGAAUGCUGGGGGGGCGUGUCCCACCACCGUCCCCACUGCACUGGACAUGGGCUGCAAGGAGCCAGGACAUUCUGGGUGGCUGCCUCUGUGGUGGGGUGUCAGGGCUCGUGGGUGCAGGAGGGGCUGCAGGAGGAUUGUGUCUGCUCCCCACCCGCUCUCAUCUUCGUGUAGGAUCUCCCUGGGAAGGUUUGCUGCUCACCCUUGGAUCUGACUCCCCGUGUUUACCAUUAAAUACUUUGUUGAAGAACGGGAAGAAAAUCCUUCUUAUAAAGAUUAAAAAUAAGGGAAUUGCUAAAGCGUGGUGAUUAAUGGUAGGAGAACAUCACAAUGAGGUUAAAUGUGGGUGAGAAGAUGAUACAGCAGUGAGAUGAUGUCAUGCUCAGCCAUGACAUCAUGCCAUGCAAUCAGCUGUCACUGGCAAGCAACAUGAGGAUGGAGCGUCCUUCAUGUGUGUGAGAUCACUCCCUGGGGUGAAUGUUGGAUGAGCUGGGCAGGGUGACUCAGCUUCGUGCUGUGGUUUGCAGACAGGGAUGAAACAGAGACACCCAAAACCUGCAUGUGGGUGAUGGUGCCAGAAGGCGUCCAGUUCCAGCUGUGGGGCUCAGCAGCUCCCACUGGAGGGAACGAGGCUGAACUGGGUGGUGCUGGUGGG